AUGUCCUCCUCUGAUCCCGAUGCAAUCUUCAGUCACCUCAACGCGUUUGAGAAACUGUCGUGGAGGCCCUCGGUCCAGGACUCAGGCUCCAAGAAGCGAGCACGGUGGCUUCAGGCUCGACGACUCUUCUCCCCCACCUGCCCCAACCUGCGGAUCCCCAACAGGUUCCUGAGAGAAGGACACUGUACACCGCCUGCCCGCAGUGGACACCGCUGUGUUGCAGACUACGCCAACCUGUACGUGUUUGGAGGCUACAACCCUGACUUUGAGGAGGCGGGCGGGUCAGAAAAUGAAGACUACCCUCUUUUUAGGGAGCUUUGGCGGUUUCAUUUUGCCACAGCCACCUGGCAGCAGGUUCGCACAGAAGGCUACAUGCCCACAGAGCUGGCGUCUAUGUCAGCCGCCCUUCAUGGAAACAACCUGCUGGUGUUUGGUGGCACUGGGAUCCCCUUUGGUGAAAACAACAGCAAUGACGUCCACGUCUGCAACGUCCAGUACCGGCGAUGGAACCUGCUGAGCUGCCGAGGGAAGAAACCAAACAAGAUCUAUGGGCAGGCCAUGGUUAUAGUUAACGGCUACCUAUACGUGUUUGGAGGGACAACUGGCUACCAUUACAGCACUGACCUGCACAGGUUGGACCUGAGCACCAGAGAGUGGAGCCACCUCAAACCCAACAACACACCAUCGGAUCUCCCUGAUGAGAGGUACAGACAUGAGCUGGCUCAUGACGGACAGAGAAUAUACAUUUUAGGAGGUGGAACUUCCUGGACUUCGUAUCAGCUAGAUAAAAUGCAUGCGUAUAACCUGGAGACCAAUUACUGGGAAGAAAUAGUAACUAAACCCCACAACAAAAUAGGAUAUCCUGCAGCUCGUAGAUGUCACAGCUGUGUUCAGGUCAAAGAUGAGGUGUUUAUAUGUGGAGGUUAUAACGGCGAGCUGAUCCUCUCCGACCUGUGGAAGAUAAACCUUCAGACUUUCCAGUGGACCAGGCUGCCUGCGGUCAUGCCUGAACCGGCCUACUUUCACUGUGCUGCCGUCACUCCGGCGGGUUGUAUGUACGUCCACGGCGGUGUUGUCAACAUGUCUGGAAACCGACGGACCGCCUCUCUGUACAAAGUGUGGCUGGUGGUUCCCAGUCUGCUGGAAAUGACCUGGGAGAAACUGCUGAAAACAUUUCCUCAUUUAACGCAGCUGUCCACCCUUCAGCUGCUCAGCCUCGGACUCACGCACUCAUUAAUCCAGAGGCUCAAAUAGACUGAAGAGGAGUAACGCUGACGCUGGAGUCGGUGGUAAGUAGAGGAACAAAGCUUGAUGGUAGAUUAUGAAAAUACUUUAAACUUCUUUUUUUAAUACGACAUUCUUUUUUGAGUUGCUCUCAUUUUCAGGUUCCCUUGCAGCAAUUUCAGCCUCUAUGCACUCUAUUAAAAAUUUGUUAUUCAAACUUUCUUUAUCAGAGAAACCUGUGGAGCACAAAAAAUAAUUUGACUCCUCAAAGAUCUCCUUUAGAAAGGAAAAAUGAUCUGGAAGUGUACUGUAAUUUUAGCUCAUGAAGGGUUUAUUUCACCGUAGCUGAAGUUACCCACUGAACCUGGCUGCAGUGGUGCCUCUGACUGGAGUUAUUUUAAACACCGCUCUACGUGUGAGCAAGUGAAACUGGUAGCCUGCCUUUAAGGUGAGAAGAUUGUCAGAAAGAAAAAAGGAAAAAAAAAGCACUCCACGAUGGAAGUUAAAUGAUUUCAAUUUCUUUAUUUUAUAUAUUUACAAAGAAGGAAUUAGUCGAAGGACUUUAGAGCA